UCCGGUUCCGCUCCGACCCGGGGACCGAGGGUGAUGGCGGCAACCCAGGAAUUGUCAAAAGGGGGCGUUGAAGAGGCUUUGGAGGAAGAGGACCCGGCGGCUUUGAAGCCUGGGGCCGCGCCGUUCGGAAAUUUCCCUCAUUAUUCCCGCUUCCACCCUCCCGAGCAAAGGCUCCGCCUUCUGCCCCCGGAGCUUCUUCGACAGCUCUUCCCUCCCGAGGGUUCCGAGAGGAGGCCGAUCCUAGGGCUCGACGUGGGGUGUAACUCCGGGGAUCUGAGCGUGGCUCUGUACGAACAUUUCCUUUCCCCGCAUGAUGGGGAGACCAGCUCCGGCACUUCCAGAGAACUCCGCCUCCUCUGCUGUGAUAUAGAUCCAGUCCUUGUGGAGCGGGCUGAAAAUGGCUGUCGCUUUCCUGAUGCCUUGACCUUUAUCACCCUGGACAUCAUGGAUCAAGAGAGCAGGAAGGCUCCCUUGAGUUCUUUCUUAAGCCAGUUUGGGCGUUCCGUUUUUGACAUUGUCUUCUGCAUGUCAGUAACCAUGUGGAUUCACCUGAACCAUGGGGACCGUGGUCUGUGCGAGUUCCUGGCCCACGUCUCCUCUCUCUGCAGCUACCUCCUCGUGGAGCCACAGCCCUGGAAGUGUUACCGGGCAGCCGCAAGACGCCUACGCAAGCUGGGACUCCACAAUUUUGAUCACUUCCGCUCCCUGGCCAUCCGAGGUGAUAUGGCCAGCCAGAUCGUGCGAAUCUUGACGCAGGACCACGGGAUGGAGUUAGCAUGCUGUUUUGGCAACACCGGUUGGGACCGAAGCCUUCUACUCUUCAGAGCAAAGCACACCAAGGAGACUCAGGCAAUCCCUGAAUCAUCGACCAAAGAGACAGGGACGGAUUAAGAUUGGGAAGGCAGUGGGACAGACCAGUAAAGAGAGACUGGAACUUCUAUACCGAGACUCGAGUUUGCAUCCCUGAGACCUGGCAGGAGCGUUGGACAUAGUGUCCGAAGCAAGCAGCUGAAAGGCCCUGUCUGUGUCCCGGGGUGCUUGGACCGUGCUGGGAAUGAGUUCAUAGAACUGCGGGCGCGAGGCAGCUGGAUAGAUUGUGGUCCCGAGGAAUGAAACUGCUCUUGGAAGUGGUUUUAUUUCCUUAGAAUCCUUAAGGUAUUGGGUGCGCUCGGCAGCGAAUCUAUGACGAACCUCAUCUCUAGCUCAAAGGGGUUAUUUAUUAAAAAAGAAACA